GAUGGCCGUUGCGCAUGCGCAGAUAAUGUAACAAGAUGGCGGAGAGUGCGGAACUGAAGCAAAUGGUAAUGAGCCUUCGAGUUUCGGAGCUCCAGGUGUUGUUGGGGUAUGCAGGACGGAAUAAGCACGGCCGCAAACACGAACUUUUGACCAAAGCUCUCCACCUACUGAAGGCUGGGUGCAGUCCGGCAGUGCAGAUGAAGAUCAAAGAGCUCUACAGACGGCGCUUCCCAACCAAAAUGGUUUCGCCGGUGGACCUGGCUCUGCCUGGCGUUCAUUCGGCCUCCAGCCUGCCCGCUGGCCUCGCCCAGCUGGGGUUUGACAGCCACGGUUCCCCCUCGCCUCUGCUGCCGGUGUCUUUACUCGGGCCGAAGCAUGAGCUGAAUCUGUCCCACCUCCCCUCCGCCCUGCACCCUGUUCACCCCGAUGUCAAGCUGCAGAGACUGCCAUUCUACGACGUUCUGGAUGAGCUCAUUAAGCCAACCAGCUUGGCCUCAGACAACAGUCAGCGGUUCCAGGAAGCAUGUUAUGCCUUUGCAUUAACACCGCACCAAGUUACACAGAUCAGCAGCUCCAUGGACAUUUCUGGGACCAAAUGUGACUUUGCUGUUCAAGUCCAGUUAAGAUUUUGUUUAUCAGAGACCAGCUGUCCCCAGGAGGAUCAUUUCCCCCCUAAUCUGUGUGUGAAGGUGAACGGCAAACCCUGUAAUCUCCCGGGAUAUCUUCCCCCAACCAAAAAUGGAGUUGAACCAAAAAGGCCCAGUCGCUCCAUCAACAUCACCUCUCUGGUCCGACUGUCCACCACAGUACCCAACACCAUUGUGGUGUCAUGGACUUCAGAAAUUGGGAGGAGUUUUUCCAUGGCUGUGUAUCUGGUAAGACAGCAGUCCUCUGUAGUGUUGUUACAAAGACUACGGGCCAAAGGAAUAAGAAACCCGGACCACUCAAGAGCUCUGAUUAAAGAGAAGUUAACAGCUGAUCCAGAGAGUGAGAUCGCCACCACCAGCCUACGAGUCUCUCUUCUGUGUCCUCUGGGGAAGAUGAGGCUGACCAUCCCUUGCAGAGCGCUCACGUGUUCUCACCUUCAGUGCUUCGAUGCUACACUUUACAUCCAAAUGAACGAGAAGAAGCCAACCUGGGUGUGUCCAGUCUGCGACAAGAAGGCACCGUACGAACACCUCAUUAUCGACGGGUUGUUCAUGGAAAUCCUGAAUAGCUGUUCUGACUGCGAUGAAAUCCAGUUCAAAGAAGAUGGAAACUGGCAUCCCAUGAGGUCGAAGAGAGAGGUGCAGGAGGUGUCCGCUUCGUACAACGGCGUAGACAGCGACUCGUCUCAGACCAACCCGCAGGAGCACAGGCGGGGAUCACACGACAACAACAAGAAAGUGGAUGUGAUCGACCUGACACUCGACAGCUCCUCAGAGGAGGAGCUGGACGACGAGCCGCCGCUCAAAAGACCCUGUCCCUCGCUGUCCCCCGUCUCUCCGCCUCCGAGCAAGGGAGUACUGAACCUACACACCCAGGACUCUCCAGUGAGCAGAGAUCCCAGCAUGCCCCCUGAGGAGAGCAGCUACAUUCCUCCCCCCCCUCCCCUCAUCCAGGACUAUCGCCACUAUUAUCACACAACUAGUGACCUGCCAGAUUUAAAUUUCUUCUCCUUCCUCCAAGGCGACAAUCAGCAUUACAACAUGGUGAUGGCCGCCGCAGCAGCAGCCUCAGCGUCCGCCUCAGAGGACCACGACCUGCUCCUGAACCGCUUCCUGCCCUAUCCCUCUCAGAUGCUGCGGGAGCAGUCGGGCACCCCGGGGAGCAGCACGCUGGCCGUCACUAACGGAGGCAGCAACAGUGGCAGCACCAGCAGCUUGGUGUCCUCCAGCAGCCUGCGGGACCGCGACAAAGACAGAGAGCGGGACAGGGACAGGGACAACCUCUCAGGACUGUCCAGGUCCUCGGUGGAAGCUGCAGCGGCGGCGGCGGCCAUUUUUGGCUCCAUAUCUGACGUUAUCUCUCUUGACUAGAUCCACUCAGAACUAACAGACAAGGGAGACCGGGAGGUCUUUGUAAAUAAGGAAGAAGAUGAAAGAAUACAGUGCUAUGUACAGAGAGGAAAAUCUAUUUUCAAUUUUACUUAUCAUAUGUAUAUAAACUUAGGACGCUUCUUAUCCGGUGAGUUACUUCAGUUGAUAUUUUUCUGUGAAUACUGAAGACUUUUUCACACCCCUUCACGUGGUCCUUUGAUUAUAUUGUACCUUUUGUACCUGGUUUUUACAGUUUUGUUUCGAUAUUCCAUGUUGAUGGCAUUAUUUCAGUAUAAUGUUAUGUGCACAGAACCCAAUGAGGUCAUACCUUAUGUAACAUGAUAUUUAGAAUAUAAAGAAAAUGGGCAUUGUUAUAGAUGUAAAACAGGAAAAUGUAAAACUUUUCUUUAUUUUCUAAAUGGCGUCAUAUCUGUCAAAAUGUUUUGACAGCAGAAAGAUCUGGCCAUUUUAGCCAUCACUGUAGAUUUUUCUGUAAGACACUCAUGCUGUGGUCAUAUUAUUCUUAAGAAAUUAUUUAUGAUGUAAGUUAUGUUGUAUGUAUGCGGUUUUUUAAAGAAGCAUUCCUCAUGCCUCUAGGAACUGUUGCCACUAGAAUUGCAAACGCUAGAUCCUUCUGUUGUCAUAACUGCACUCUUCGCCUGUUUCAGUCAAAUAUGAACAAUAGUGUAUAGUUUAGACUGUACCUAAAAUACAUAUAAAUAAGAAGUAAGUCAGUAUUGUAAGACCAGGCUUUUACACGGUGUGAAUGAAUGGCACUAGUCCAGCAAGCAGCCUCUUUGUUGUGUACUUUUCUACGUCUAUUUUAUUUUGAAAAUAUACACAGGGAAACUACAGAAACGUGACAGGUUGACCUCUUUCAAGACGGAGCUAGCUUCCGAUCCACUUCAUUCUUUAUUUAACAUUUCAUGAUGUCUUUAUGUUUGAUUUUAGCACUUGCUUCUUUACAUAAAGGCUGUAUGGAGCAGUGAUGCAUUCAUACUUACGGCCCGUCCACACUACAGCUUCGACAGCUUCAAAAACGGUUAACGCGUCUGCCCAUUCACUUUGAAUGGGGUGACGUCACUUUUCGCCGAACUGCAUUGUGGGAAGCAGAGCGGAGCUUUCCUGGCAUUUCAGGCUGCAAAAGUUGAGCCAUGUUAAACUUUUGAAGCUUCUGAAGCUUUCAGUGGAAGCGUCAGCCAAUCAAAUCAUAUGCCAGUACAAGCUCUAGCCAAUCAAACCGCUGCGUGUGUGUCAGGGGCGGGAGAUUCAUGUGAUUGGUUGUUGGUCGAGCUUCCCACACGCCCAGCUCCAAGCUUUUUUUGAAGCUGUAGUGUGGACGGGCCGUUAGUCGUUUGCAGCUUUGCAUGCCUCUGCGAAUGACCUGAACGCUCGUCCUGAGCGAGCUGUUCUGCGGCGAGGCCUCAGGAUGCAGAGCCUUUCUUUCUUAAGUGUAUUUACAGACGCCUUUUAGAGAGCUGUGAUAGCUUAGUCUUCGAGUGUUUCACAACAUGCAUUUUGGCCCAGAAGUUAAAACCAUUGAAGUUAUUACGGACGCAUCCCCUCCCUUUAUUUUUCUUGACUUAUGCUUACAAUUAGGAUUAUUUAUUAUCAUAUAUAUUUUAAGCAUUAAUUUCAUUCGUGAAUAUACAUUGCUGUCAUUGUAUGUGAUAUUUCUUUUGUAAUUAUAUAAUUAAUGCUAUUUAAAAAUGUCAUAGUUGCUUGACAUGCAUUGUAACAUUUUCUUUUGUUUUACUAUCAGAUGAUGUCAAUAACUCAAUAGAGGCUUUGAUCAUUUGACUCCUACAAGGUCUACUGUGCUGUUUGAUAUUUGUAAGAAUUAAACAGAAGAAAGUGCACAUUU